AUGCAGUCUUCAUCUCUCCCCAUCGAUGGGCAAGAGCCUGAGAAGGAACACACUCGGGUCACGACUGUGGACGAAGCCAAUGUACCUGAUAUCUAUGACCGGUUUUCCCCGGCGCGAAAGAUGAUUGUGGUCUUCAUUGUUGCUUGGUCGGCCCUUCUGGCACCAUUUGCAAGUUCAGCUUUCCUACCGUCUAUCCCUCAAAUUGCUCGUGACCUCCACACCUCCGAAAGCGUGAUCAACUAUUCCGUCUGCGUUUACUUGGUUGUGAUUGCAUUCGCUCCCCUGGUCUGGUCGCGAGCGAGCACGUAUUAUGGUCGACGACCAGUGUACCUUGCCUCCAUGCCAAUAUUUGUUCUUGGCUCUGUUGGCGUUGCGGAAUCGCGGACUUUGGCAGAACUGAUGAUUACUCGUGUCAUCCAGGGUACCGGAGCGAGCAGUGUGCUGUCUAUAGGAGCCGGUUCCAUCGGUGAUAUUUACCGCCCUACCGAGCGUGGUCGAGCAAUGGGAUGGUAUCUCGCAGGUGCUCAGUUCGGUCCACCUUUAGCGCCAGUCGUUGGUGGUCUCAUGACAGAAUACGUGCAGGGAGCGAGAGGAACUUGGCGUGCUUUCCAGUACUUGUUGGCAGGAAUGGGACUAGCAACAUUCCUUCUUAUCUUUUGUUUCCUCCCAGAAACGGCGCAUCAGACUGAAAGUAGCCGAAUGAAGUCCGCUCAGAGUUCACGUACAGAAGACCGUGCUCGCCUCCAGCUGAGGCAAAUAUUAGCCGCAACGAAUCCUCUGCAGCCGUUGGCCAUGUUGAAGCACCCUAAUGUGGCUCUUAUUACGGUGAACUCGGCCUUUGUGAUGCUGACAACCUAUUUGCUCAUCACCCUGGUGCAGGGGCCACGAUUUCAUAUCACGAAUGCUGCGGUGAAUGGGUGCCUGUAUCUAGCACAGGGCACAGGAAACGUUGUGGGUUCCUACAUCACAGGAUACAUUUCGGAUUCUACAGUUCACAAGUGGAUUGCCUUGAGGGCGGGUGAACGUGUUUCAGAAGACCGCCUUGAAGCAAGCUACUGGGCUGGCGUGGGUGCCACCCCGCUGACUCUGCUUGCUGCUGGGUUCUUGAUGCAGUUUUGGACGACUUAUCCAGGACUUGCGUUGUGCUUAGUGGCGCUAUUCUUGAAUGGGAUUGCUCUGAUCGGUGUGCUUGCGGUUUGCAACACAUAUCUCGUGGAUUCUAAUCAAGCACGAUCAACUGAAGCGGUCGCAGCGAACAACUGCAUCCGUUAUCUUGCAUCUGCCGGUGCAUCUGCAGGUGUGCUGCCACUUAUGCAGUCCAUCGGAAUCGCACCAACAAAUGCUAUCGCUGCAGUGAUCGCAUGGGCUGGUUUCAUAUGCGUGUGGAUUGUCAGACGACGUGCUCCGCGGAUAUAG